AUGUACACGCCCGACUAUCGCGGCGUGGCGGCACGCCUCCUAAGAGUAGGCCCAGGGGACACGAGCGGCGAGUACAGGCAUCGAGCCCGUCAAGGCCGGGGCCGUGACUCUCCCCACAUAUCUGCAUUCUAUCUUUAUCCCACUCCCACCGGGCCAGUGCCCGUCGCUCCCCUCCCCUUCCUCCCUCCUCUUGGCGACGCCAACCUCAGGCCAGUCCCGGCCGUUAGUGUCGCCGGUGUGUUUCCGCGGGCCAGGGCCCUGAGCAAUCCAGGGCUAGGCGCGGCCGGCUCCCACCCUCCGCGUCCACACCUGCACGCACGCCCUAAACCUCUUGCGCGCCACAUCUGCAAGCCUCGCGUGAUGCAGAGGGGAAAAUCUCCGCAGCCCACCCGGGGCGGGCGAAAAAGAGGGUGGGUGGGCACUGGCUGGCAGCCUCGCAUGUCGGCCGACGAUGGAUGGUGGGCUGCCGUUGUCAUUGGACCACACAGCGUCGCGGGUGCUGGGCCGGGCACCUGA